GCAACUCACCAGGCGGAAGGUUGAUCAUAGUGUUUACAUCACCAUUGAUAAUGCCGGCCUGGACGCCAUAGUUCAUAUCGCCAAAGGAUGCCGUUAGCGCCAUAGUGUAGCUGUAAGCUCUCGGCUCUCAGCCCCAGCUUCCCCUCAUACAAAUUCUGUCAGCUAACAAGCUUUGCUCUAUCCUCUUUCCCCCUAAGUCUGACUUCUACUUCAGCAUUUCUACCCUUGCUGAUUCCUCAAUCGCCGUCAGACCCACAAUGGCCGACCCACUUAGCAUUACAGCCGCAGUCGUGGGCAUCACUGCGCCAGCCUUAGAAGGCGUACGACUACUUCUAAAUGACCUACAGCAGCUCAAAGACGCACCAAAGACUGUUAGGCGCCUGCUAGAGGACGUCCACUCUGUUGAUGCAGCGCUUAGCCUUCUCCAAAGCGUAGAGAAUAGGGAGUGGCAGUUGCUUGGCUCAGAUGUUAGUAAAGAGUCAGAGAGGACAAUCAGCAGCUGCACGCAAGCAUGCUCUCUCUUCCGGACCGACCUUCAACGAUGGACCAGGCACUCAGAGGAUGGGAAACUGGCGUGGCAAGAUCGCGCGAAAGUAGGACUCCUCAAGCAAGGGCAAAUCAAGGCGAUGUCUGAGCAGCUCCAAAACUGUAAACUAACC